ACAAUUUGUCUGAAUUCGUAGACUUCUUUCACUACAACAAUUACAAUGGGUAGUUUGAAAAGCCACAUUUCAGCUGAGACCGUCGGAAAAGUUAUAACCUGCAAAGCGGCGGUGGCGUAUGCGGCGGAGCAACCGCUGGUGGUGGAGGAGAUUCGGGUGGAUCCACCUCAGCGGAUGGAGGUCCGAAUUAGGGUUCUUUUCACUUCAAUUUGCCAUACCGAUCUCAGCGCUUGGCAAGGACAGAAUGAAGCUCAGAGGAUGUACCCUCGGAUUCUGGGGCAUGAAGCAUCGGGGUUGGUGGAAAGCGUUGGAGAAGGGGUGAGGGAGUUGGAAAUAGGGGAUCACGUGGUCCCCAUUUUCAACGGGGAAUGUGGUGAAUGCGACUACUGCAGAUCAGAGAAGACCAACCUGUGCGAGAAAUACAGGGUGAAUCCGUUCAGGGGCACAAUGGUCCAUGACGGAAAGUGCAGGUUUUCCACCAAGGACGGCAAACCCAUCUACCACUUCCUCAACACUUCCACCUUCUCCGAGUACACUGUUCUAGACUCCGCCUGUCUUGUCAAGAUUGACCAAAAUGCCCCCCUACGUACAAUGACCCUACUCAGCUGUGGCGUUUCUACGGGUCUAGGGGCAGCGUGGAAUACGGCGGAUGUGCAGAGCGGGGAAAGUGUCGCUGUUUUCGGGCUUGGAGCUGUGGGACUUGCGGUGGUUGAAGGGGCGAGAACAAGGGGAGCUUCAAGAAUUAUUGGAGUUGAUAUUAAUCCAGAAAAACGUAUCAAAGGUGAAGCAAUUGGGAUCACAGACUUCAUAAAUCCCAAGGAUUUGGACGUGCCAGUGCACCAGAAAAUAAAAGAUAUGACGGGAGGAGGUGUAGACUAUAGCUUUGAGUGUGCAGGAAAUUUGGAGGUUCUCCGCGAGGCCUUCUCCUCCACCCACGACGGUUGGGGCCUAACGGUAAUUUUAGGUAUACAUCCAACACCACGAUUGCUUCCUCUCCAUCCGAUGGAGCUUUUUGAUGGAAGGAGAAUCGUGGGAUCAGUGUUCGGUGAUUUCAAGGGCAAAUCUCAAUUGCCUCAAUUUGCCCAUCAGUGCGUCAAAGGGGAGGUGAAGUUGGAAGAGUUCAUAACUCAUGAGAUGCCAUUUUGGAAGAUCAAUGAAGCUCUGCAGCUACUGAUUGAUGGGAAAUCAUUGAGAUGCCUUCUUCACCUUUGAUCAUCCAUAUGUUUUAUUUGGGAAAAAAUGCAAGCAACUCCUUGUGAUGUCGUAAAUGAGCAGAUUACUCUCUUAUGAAAAAAUAAAUAGCGAUUUACCUCCCUAUAUUUUUAAAAUACAACAAUUUAUCUUCCUAUAAUUUUUAAAAUGAAGUAAUUUACCUCUCUGUAUAAGGAGGUAAAUUGCUUCAUUUUAAAAAAUAUAGAGGGUAAAUUACUAUAAUUUUUUAAUAGAGGAGUAAUGUGCUCAUUUUCAAUAUCACGGGAUAAAUUGAUAUUCACCCGUUUCAUUUGGUUUUCAGGUCAUGCUAUGUAUGUGCUUGUAAACACACUUUAAUUUUUCAUUUUGCUCUGUUUCUCUCUCUC